UCGGGGACCGGAUAGACUCUCCUCUUGGGAUCUAUAAAUUCUUCAACUGGCCAUGGUCGACUAAAUCGCCAUUCUUCGGAAUCCCGACUAGACUAGACGGAUCAUGGAUGAAUGCAAGAAGAAGCUUCAAAGUUCACUAGAAAAAAGUAGUAUUAGUAGUGAUAUGGAGAAUAGGAGGAAGAUGAGUGAGGAGGAAGAAGACAUGAUUGCCAGAAUGCAUAAGCUUGUGGGAGAUAAGUGGGAAUUGAUUGCGGGGAGAAUUCCAGGCAGGAAAGCAGAUGAAAUUCAGAGAUUUUGGUUGAACAACAAAAAAACAAACACACGCUCCUAAAACACUCAUUUUGAUUAACCUAAUCAUUUUUAUAUAAUAAAUACUAUUUAAUAUAUUUAGUGUGCCGAAAUAAUAAAGCCAUUGAAUGUUAUUGCAGGCAGAUUCAGUGGUCUAUUAUAUAUAGUGAUGGUGUUUUUAUUAUUUUUAAUUUUUUUUCUUUUUUA